AUGAAGGACGUAGUACUUGACGUUCAUCCGAUAAAUGGACCUUUCCUCCACAAAUCCAUUGAGUGGGCACUGGUACAUGGCAUCAUUGCCAUUGUCCCAGACGUAGACGUAUAUCCCGUUGACGAGACCACUAUUUCAUUCAACGAUAAGCAAGAAACAGAGCUCAUAGAGGAAGAGACCCAAAUCCUGAGGGAUUGGAAUGCCGACAACAUUAAAGAGUACAAGAUCGUUGUUCUCGAUCGAAAGCACGCCAUGGCCAGCACGCCCCAGACGAUCCACGACGGCCGCUCGGUCCUGCACCUCCACCAGCUCCACAACUGCAAGCUCAUCUUCCUCACCUCUCACCGCCCGAAAGCUCGAUACCUGUGGUGGACCUUCUUCUCCUCUGCCAACAUCGCGCCCUGGCGAUUAGACUCUUGCGAAGGCGACGCUGACCGGUAUCGGCUGAAUCGCGGAAUUCUCACGGCGGUGCGAUACUGGGGUUCCACCGGACCGUAUUGCGAGAAUGGUGUACUUACGUCGUUUGCCGACAGCGUUCGGGCGGAAAUAACUUUGAUCCACGACAGCUUGGUUGGAGCGUCUGACGCGGAUUUCGUGCUCGAUCAUGCGGCGCUGGCGAUCCUUGCUGCUCGGAUUGUGAGCACUGAGUGGGAGGGGUUGCGGGAAGCUAUAGACAGUGGUUCGGAUGAGGGCUAA